ACAAAUUUGAAAAGAUCCGUCGAUAAUAAAAACUAAAUAAUAAAAACAAAAUUUUUGGAAUCAACGACGACGACGACAACGACGAGAUAUUUCUUCUUUCUUUCUAAAAAGAUAAUUUUUCUAUUUGCAUCCCUCCCUUACGAAAGAAGUAUAGACUGACAUUGAGUUAUAUAGAAAUAAGAGAAAAUGAAAGUACACCGGAAGUUGAUAUGAUAUAAAAAGAAGAAUCCAUUAGAGCGCCCUAUUUGGUUUAUAUUCUACGGGCAAAAAGAAAAAUUAUCGUUGUUGAUGGUCUAAGGUAAUGUGAAAAAAAAAAAGAAAGAAAGAAAAGAAAGAGAUUAAAAAAAAGAAGAAAAAAAAAAACAGAAAGAAAAAAAAAACAAAAAGGUGAAAGUGAAUAAUUCGAUUAGGUCCAUCUUUUCAAAAGUAACAUUAAUCUAUGGGAACAAUAACGAUGGAGCAAACUCGACGAAUCGAGACGAGAACAGCUGGCUAUUAAAGGGUAGUCGUGCAUGAAACGGAAGUGAAGAAGAAAGGGAAAAAGAACGGCCUGUUUUGGCUUAUAAUCAGAGAAUCGAUAUAGUGACUCAUCAAAUCGUAUUUAAUAUCAUCGACACGGAACUAAUGAAACGAGAUUUGCAUUUUAAAAAAAAAAAAAAAAAUUCAAGAAAGAAUUCAAAAGUGCAAAUGUGUCCCUUUUCUUUUUCUUCUUUGUUGAAUUUGUUAAAAAAAAAAAAAAAAAAAAAAAUAACAACAAGUGUGAUGCUAUAAAAAUAAUUCAAUGUAUGACUCAUGGAUUGUAUAGGUUCAAGAGAAUAACCAUAAUUCUUUUUCUUUCUCUCUUGUACAUUUUUAAAGAAAUGAGAAUACCAUGAACGAAUUUCGAUCGAUAAAAAAAUCAUAAUAAUUGAUUAUUAUUUUCUUUCGUUAUUAAUAAUGUUAACCAAAGAUAUUCUUUACAUUGAAUCGUACAAUUUAAAAUCAUGGCGUCUAUCAGUGAAAACGUCGUUGAAAUUGUGAUUAAUAAAAAUCAAAGUAUAGUGUCUUGUGAUAUAAUAAUCAUUACAAGAGACAUCGUAAAAAUCGAUUGAUCGUUUAUUAUAUAAAUGAUUUAUAAGUGAUAAAAAGUGGGAACGUUCGUUCUAAAUAAUAUUUUUUCCGUCAUUUGUUCGAUGAUAAAAAAGAAAAAAAAGAAAAAAAAAAAAAAAAAAGAAAUCAUGUGAACUGUUCGGAUAAAAUAUAGCGGGGAAAAAAACUCAGAUUUUUUUUCUACCAAUCCAAUCGAGUUCCUAAGAACGAAGCUGAUCAAGGUAAAUCGUUAACAUCGAAGAUAUAUAAGAUAGUCGAGUGGUAUACACGGUGGGAAAAAAAGAAAAAGGGAAGAAAGAAGGAGAAAAUAAAAAAGCAAGAAUAAAGAAGAGUGAAAAAGAAAAAAUCAUGAUGCAGUCUUUGGAAAAUUCUUUUGAUUCCAUAAAUAAUUAUCGUUGGAACACGUCGUUAUUAUGGUUCGACAAUUACACCUUCGAUAACUUGGUAUAUAACGAUACAAACUCGACGGAUCUCGAGUCGAGAAAUCAAUUCAUACUGCCAUGGUGGAGACAGAUGAUAUGGAGCUUGCUAUUUGCUGGUAUGAUCAUUGUUGCUACCGGUGGAAAUCUAAUAGUGAUAUGGAUUGUCCUUGCGCACAAGAGGAUGCGUACAGUAACCAAUUACUUCUUGGUCAAUCUCAGUAUAGCAGAUGCCAUGGUGUCAACGUUGAACGUUACAUUUAAUUACAUUUACAUGCUCAACAGUCAUUGGCCAUUUGGUACUCUUUACUGUAAGAUUUGCCAGUUCAUCGCGGUACUCACUAUUUGUGCGAGUGUCUUCACUUUGAUGGCUAUCUCGAUCGAUCGGUAUAUGGCUAUAGUGAAUCCAUUGAGACCAAGAAUGGGUCGAAGAGCUACCCUUUGUGUCGCUGUGGUCAUUUGGAUCGUCGGCGCCAUUCUUUCUUUCCCAAUGCUGCUCUUUUACACUACCUACACACAAAACUUCGCUAAUGGUGAAGUUCGAGUAAUAUGUUACAGCGAUUGGCCUAACAGAGACGACAAUGGUCUUAGCUUUCAGGAAUACCUAUACAACGUAAUCUUUAUGAUCCUAACAUAUUUUCUACCAAUCGGCUCGAGACCUUUCACAUAUGCCAGAGUCGGUGCAGAAUUAUGGGGCUCGCAAAGCAUCGGCGAAGCUACGGCAAGACAAUUGGAAAAUAUUCGAAAAAAAUCGAAGGUCGUCAAGAUGAUGAUCGUAGUGGUGGUAAUAUUCGCAGUCUGUUGGUUACCAUUUCACGUGUACUUCAUAGUAACAUCGUAUCUGCCAGAGAUCACAAACGAAUCUUACAUUCAAGAAGUCUUUCUUGGUAUCUAUUGGCUAGCCAUGUCCAAUAGCAUGUACAAUCCUAUAAUUUAUUGUUGGAUGAAUUCUAGAUUUCGUAGUGGUUUCGCUCAACUUUGUUCAUGGUGCCCAUUGGUAAAGGUCAUCCCCGAACCGUCUCUCUCUCGUUCAGAAGCAGUUACAUCACGAUAUAGUUGCACCGGAAGUCCUGAAGCUAAUACGAGGAUAUCACGGAACGGCACGGUACGAAUACCGCUGCAUCUACAAUCAACGAGAGGAGAAGGAAAUGAACGUUUUUUGGGACAUCAAAUUCGUGGAAGCAGAUGGAGAAAUAAUCAAGAAAGAGGGGCACGUUUCCUGACAGGACCAGGAAAUUACUACAACUACUACUACUACUGACUAAUCAAGCAACAACAACAACAACAACAGCAGCAACACCACAACAAACAUCACAACAACAACAUCAACAAACAAGUGCAUACUUGGAUAUGAAAAGAGAUUUAUAUCCAUAAAAAUAUACUAACACGUCUAUGACCUUUUAAACCGGUUCUACGUUAUGGCUGAAACCAAACGUUGAGAAAAUCUUCAUUAUAUCUUCUCAUCGAUAUAAUAUAUCUCUUUUCUUCCUACCAUGAUACUUUUACUUUUUAUUUUUUU